ACCCCUUAUAAAUUAAAGCUACAAUAUGUCUUCGUCUUACACAUGCUAGCUAGUUCAAGAACUCAGUGGGUAUCACUAUAAAAUACUAAUUGAAGUCUUAUAAAACUCCAUACAAAUAGAGAGAGUAAACCAAGCAAGAAACAAGUCAAAUGUUCAUUGGGGUUCUCAAAACAAAAAACACACACGCAUACAAAACCCUCUGACAAAGCCAAAACCAAGAGCUCCUACUUAUCUAAAUAUCACAAACAAAAAAUAUUCCAAUGGCUUUAGAAGCACUUUCUACCAAUGAACUUCUCAACUUCAUCAUGUAUGAUACAAUCUCUACCAACAACAACAAUCUUGAUGAAAAUGCCUUAUUUUUUGACCAUCAUGAUGAAAAUAAUACUUUUUUAUUAAAACCUCAAGAUUUUGGUACUACUCCCUUAGAGCAACAAUAUUCCACCGCCGCCUCUGUGGUGCCACCAGAAUCUUCUAGGGAGAAGAAUAAUUUGGCUGUGGCGACACAAGCAGGAGGUGGCGGUGGGGGGCGAAAGAAAAGGAGAAGGAGACCCAAAAUUUGUAAAAAUCAAGAGGAAGCAGAGAAUCAAAGAAUGACUCACAUUGCUGUUGAGAGAAAUAGAAGGAAACAAAUGAAUGAACAUCUUUCUGUUUUACGUUCACUCAUGCCUGAAUCUUAUGUUCAAAGGGGUGACCAAGCCUCAAUCGUUGGUGGUGCAAUUGAAUUCGUAAAGGAAUUGGAACACAUUCUACAAUCUCUCGAAGCUCAAAAAUUCAUAUUAUUACAACAAGAAUGCGGUACUAGUACUGGCAGUGGUAGUGAUGGUUGUAAUGGUGAAGUACGAAACAGAGAAGUUUCGGCCUCGUCCCCGGCAGAGUAUUUUGGGAGCCCAUUUGCUCAAUUUUUCUCGUAUCCACAGUAUACAUGUUGUCAAUUACCAAACAAAUACACAUCAAAGAGCCAGGCAGCAAUAGCUGAUAUUGAAGUGACUUUAAUUGAAACACAUGCAAACGUUAGAAUUUUAUCAAGAAGAAGAUUUCGUCAGCUAUCCAAAUUGGUCGUUGCGUUUCAGUCAUUGUACCUUACUGUCCUUCACCUCAAUGUCACCACUUUAGAUCCAUUGGUUCUUUAUUCCAUAAGUGCUAAGGUGGAAGAAGGUUGCCAACUAAACUCAGCAGAUGACAUAGCAGGUGCAGUCCACCACAUGCUAAGAAUAAUUGAGGAGGAAGCAGCUACCCUUCCUUGCCAAGCCUAGGGAACAGACCCCCUAUUAUCUUAUUUAUCAUGUUUUUUUUUUCUUAGUUUGAAUCCACUAGAUAAAACAAAAAAAAUUUAGAAGGAAAGAGCUUGUUUCAAUGUUCAUAUUAACUAGUGGUUCUUUCUUGUCCUUGUACGUACAACAUGAGCUGUGAUAUUUUGUUUAUAAUGUGUCGCUAAUUCGAAUACAAUUAUUAGGGUUUUAGUA